AUGCUAAUCAUCUGUGCAGCCCGGAACCGACAUGCUCUGACGAAGAAGGGAUCACAGCGGACCCCAAUCAUUGAAGAAGUUGACGGAGAGCCCUCGCCUUCCUUGAGCGAUCUGAGAGACGAUUUACCAUCUGAUCGACCGCCGAGAUUUUUGGAAGUGAUUCAUGAGAAUGAAGGUGUGCUCUUGUUCUCUGAUUCCGACGACGAAGUUAAUCUUCUAUCACGACCGUUGUCACGGGCCUCAUUCCGCUCUGAAACUUUACGUCAACAAAAUGAUGAUACACUGACUAAAGAGGCAAGGCAGUUUGUACUCGAAGUACUCCCCGAGAAAUCCAUACCAAAUCAGUUGGUCGACGAACGAAAACAACCAGAUACACCGAGAUCACCAUGCUUGAAGAGAAUUCAUUUCCAGCGAAAGCAAGAGCAAGUUCAGCAACGAAGUAGCGAGCUGUUUAAAUUUGACGCUCGACAUGAAGCUAAACCCGAGCGUCCAAAAGAAGAGAGAUGCACUGAAGAACCGCCUUCACGAAAGGAAUCUCGAGAAGAAGCUACGCAGACACCCGACUGCGGUCUGCCACGAAUCGGCGACUGCUUGUCGCGUUUUCCUGCGUUUCGUGGCUCUGCCACACACUCAACAGAGAACAAUGGUGCUGAACUGGUUCAAAAAGAAGCUGCAGUCACUGAGAACCCGCUGCGGGCAACUACGAAGGAAGCAACCCGUGGUGACGAGCCGCAAAAGCCCACUGUGCAUGUGCAUCCGUUCACGCCGGACGUACCGUCACAAGUGCCUAUCCUCCGAACUAUAACAGAACGAUUGCAAAGCCUUCGCGACAACCAGCUUGACGUCGACAGUUCUCCUCGACUAUCUCGAAGAUCUUUCCUGGCUCCGGAUGAGCCAGUACGCUUCAGAAAUUCCUACAUCGAAGUAAUUGAGUCACCACGGUUGUCGAAGAAGCUCUACGAACCAGACCCAUCACCAAUGACUUCUCGUCGAUUAAUAGAUAAUCGCGUCUCCCACGAGGACUUAUACAGUCCUCUAUACAAACCGCAAGAGUUCCCUUACCGCUCGGAGCCACCUUACAAACAUUUCGAUCCACAUAUCAUCACGGAACGGUUCUCUUCGUACUGCAUUGAACCACCAGCUGAAGAAGAGCUCCGAAAGGAAUCGCAAGUGAGGCGAGUAGAACUUGGACGGUCGGGAUCGCAACGAAGCGACAAAACCCCUCCCGUUGUGCAAAAAGAUAUUCACAGGUAUUGA